AUGCCGUCGUCACGAAGACUGUCAUUUCUCAAUGCAGGAGGUCGUAACUCAAUUAGCAACUUCGCCUCGUCAUACACCAGAGCUCAGAAGUUUCUAGCGGUCGAAAGGGGCCCUUCUGAAGAAGAUCUUUCGCCUUGUACGUCUCCAGAAACACCCGCGGCCGAAGGACUGAUUUCAAUUCGACCAUCCGGACAGUCAGAAAGUGCUAUAGAUGACGAAGAAUCGUCUGUGGGCAAUCUGCCUCAUCAAUUUAAUCGAAUUGACACUUUUGACUUUCCUCAUGAUGAAACUACUACGUUGAUCAGACGACUGAGUCAUUCCAGCUCAACCAUUGCUCGCACUGGAGAGUCCACUGUACCACAAACGAUAUUCAACUCGAUGAACACAUUGAUAGGAAUUGGCAUGUUAUCUCUUCCGUUUGGAUUUAGACUUUCUGGAUGGAUCUUUGGUACGAUUAUCCUCGCAUCUAGCUCGUACAUCACAGGAAUGACUGCCAAGAUGCUCGGAAGAAUUUUAAAACGAUACCCUUCAUUGAACAGCUAUGGGGACAUUGCUGAGCAAACUGGCCACAAGUCGAGCAUAGGAAGUAAAACUGCUCAUUAUGUGGUCACAGCGAUAUUCAUUGUGGAUUUAUUGGGUGCCUUGGUGGAAUUGGUUAUUUUAUUCGGAGACUCAUUCUUUCUUUUGUACCCACAAAUUCCCAAACCAGCCUAUAAAGCAAUAUUGAUUUUGGCAAGCUUCUGCCUCUCAUUUCUCCUGCUUUCCACCCUUUCAUUUCUUAGUUUGUUGGGCCUUCUUUGCACCAACGCAUUAAUCGUCAUCCUCAUAAUUUGUGGGUUUUUCACCUCCAAUUCUCCAGGCUCCUUACUCCACCCUUCCGCUACAUCCUGGUGGCCUAAAAGUGCAAUGGAAGUAUUUAUGAGCCUUGGCAUCUUUAUGGCUCCAUGGGGUGGUCAUCCUGUGUUUCCAGAACUCUAUCGUGACAUGAGACAUCCGUUGAAGUAUCCUAAAGUGGCCAACACUUCAUUCUUUUUGGUUUUUGAUCUCAACUACUUGGUUGCGGUAGCUGGCUACCUCAUGUUUGGAUCUCAAUGUGAAGAUUCCAUCACCAAAAAUUUAAUGUCCAACGCAAAUUUCCCACUGUGGGUUACUCCAGCUAUAUGUAUACUCAUGGGUUUAUUGCCUAUUUCAAAGAUACCAUUACUUGCUAAACCAGUGGUAAACGUUUAUGAAAGCUACUUCCACUUGGGAUCUUCCACUAUUGUCGUCAAAAACGGCCAAAGAGAGGAAAACUAUUCCACUGGUCAAAUAGUUUCUCGAAUGGUCUUCUUUGCGUUCAUGUUAGCCAUGUCGCUCGUGUUCACACUGUUUGGCAAGGUUCUUGCAUUUUUGGGAAGUGCCGUGGUAUUCACCAUGUGUAUGACUUGCCCACUCUUGUUCUAUCUCGUGUUGAUGAAAGAUCAAAUCACCAGUUUCCAAAGAACAUUAUUGUAUAUUGGCGUGGCAGUGGGUUUCGUAUGUUCUGUGGUGGGUACAAUCGCAUCAAUUUCUAUUGUAACAUAA